AUGGGUGGGCUCUCGUCCUUGGGGCUAGGCCCUGCGCCCGAGCCCCAACCCGUCACUGGCCAGCAAUAUCUCCUCAAGCUGCACAAGUACCUCAGCAUUAACAUCGCUCGGCUUGCUCCCCCUAUCAAGCGGGACGGUACAUGGUUACAGCAAGGCUACACACUCCUCACCCUCGGGCUGGACCCGAACUCGGCUCCCCUCUCCCGGAGUGUCAAGGUGCCGCUUACUCUGGGAUUCGGUACACCGACCGCCCCGCGCACACGCCCCGUCCUUCUGCGACUGCCGCCAGACAAGCUGCUGUACCUGCUGCUUAGGUGGCAGAGCUUGCCGCAGAACCUGCCUCACGUUGGCCGAACCGACGUUCCAGUGCCUCCCGGAGUGCCCGUGGCCGCUAGGGGUGCCAGGGCGGAUUCACGGAGUCGCCGAGGAGAGGGCGACGUCGAGAGUGUGCGGAGUUGGGUCGGCAGCGUGAGGAGCGUGAGCAUGAGUGUCGUCGAUGGAGGCUGGUUUAGGAAACCUAAGGAGAUCGAUGAAAAUAAGAUUCUACUCGAUCUGUACGCCAUCUGCAACACACUGCCGGGGCUCUUACUGCAUCCGCCAUUCUCGACUGAUCCACCGGUUGCUGAGCUUAUGGAUGCCGGCGGCUACACACAGUUGGGCGGCAUCGACGUGCGCGUUCCACUAGACGUGUUCCGAAACCUUCAGACCGUGCUGUCUCCGAUCAACCCUGUGCUUCACAGCUUGACGGUUCACGAUGUGGAAGACGGGGAUGAGUGGAUCGUGGAGCUCCUCGUGGCAAAUGACGGCGAAGAGGCAAUGGGGAGGGCCCCCAAGGGAGACUCAGCGGACGAGAGCGAUGAGGCCUCGAAGACGAACGGCAAGGGCACAGAUGCGGCUGAAGCCUCGUCGCAAACGAAUGGUGCCGACGAUGACCACACCAACUCGAAAGCGCGGUUCCCCAACUUGCGCCACCUGUCGCUGCAUCACGUCUCGAUGCUGUCCUUCCCCCGGCUGCCGCUGCAGAACCUCUCACACCUCGAUCUCUCACACAAUCUGUUGAACGACCUACCGGACCUGUCCCACCUGUCAAGCCUCAUCUCGCUGGAUCUGUCGCAUAACGUCAUCUCGUCCGUGCGAAGUGCGCAGACGUUCCUGGGCAACAUCGCGACGCUGAACCUGUCCCACAACAGGAUGGAUUGCCUCGUCGGUCUCGACCGCGUCCCAGGCCUGCGUCGCGUAGACCUGCGGCAUAACGACAUUAGUGAUCCGGGCGAAGUGGGUCGACUGGCGGUGCUCCCGCAGGUCUCGGAGAUCUGGGUUGCGGGCAACCCCUUGAGUGGCGAGUUCCGAGCGGAGAUCUCGGCCGCUUUCGCAGCAGAGGGCAAGGAGGUUUUGCUGGACAAUACGCCAUUGACGUGGUCCGAGAAGAACCAAAUGGAGGAGAUCUUGCGUCAGCGCGGCCGCACUGUGCGCCGGCAGAACCUGAGGGAGGACCCGGUGGUGCCGGCGGCUGCGCCGCCGCCAAAGGUGCUCAGUCCCCGACCGAGGCGGCCAUCUCUGCCAAUUGACCAGGAAAGGAGCAAGUCUCCUGGCUCCCCGACACGGGCGAAGCCGAAGUCUAAGUCUCCGGUGCAGGACCGGCCGAGCACAAUAUCGCCGACGCCGGACGCAAAGGGUGCUAAGGACUCGCCGGCGCCCCCGGAGACCACGUCCACUGAUGCCGAGACUACCAAGACGCGGCGCACUGUUGGAGGAAAGAAGAAGAAGGCGAAGCGCCGUGUUGUCGCGCUCGAGUGA